AUGCUAUAUGGUACUCUCACUUUCGAAAAAAGUCCUUUAACCUAUUUUUUGCCUCUUAUCUUCGACAUUCCUCAAAACUAUCCAACGAACCUUCCUUUGGUUAAAACUUCUCUCUCAGCAGUCCCUCCACUCCCUUUAUUCUCUAUCGAUCAAAAUUCGAUACUUAUUAAUUAUAUCAAUUUGGUCCAAGACAACACUCUCACUUCUAUUUUUAACGCGAUUUUGACGCAAAUUCCUCAACUUCCACUCAACUUCCUCCCGUUCGCCCCAACACCUCUAAAGGCCCCUACCCAACAAAAAUUCAUCCAACCAAUUCAACCAAUCCAAGUCAUCCAAAAGACGGAGAUGAACACCAGAAUACCAGAGGUGCCCGAUUUAACACACACUUUACAAAAUAAAAAAAUAGAAAAAAUUGAAAAAGUCGAAUCACAAGUUCCUGUUGUCCAAAAACACAUUCCAAAAGAAUUCAAAAUUCUUGUAGGAGAGACUGCUAAACAGGGAUUUGCUAAUGUUAGAGAGUACUUGGACAAUAUUAAUGCGGAGAAGGAAUUGGACGGGAUGAAAAAUUUACUGACACAAAAAGUCAUUAAUGACGAGGAAUUCAAACAGAUGUCUGCACAUUUGGUUGUUAAAGACCUUCCACAACCUCCAAAGGAAUUUUCUGAUAUACUCGAAUUGUACAAGACUGGUGUAAUUAGUCAAGAUGAUAUUAUAAAACAAGUGCCAGUGUGUAAUGAGAGACGAAGGAAAGUUAUUAAUAACUUCGAACAGCUGGACGACGCUCAAAAAGUGUUUGCCGAAAUGUUUUUGAAUGAUGAAAUCGAUUUGGAUGAAAUGAAUUCACUGAAUCAGAAUUAUGUCCAGUACCAAACAAGUUAA